UCUUCAAGAUUGAGAGAAAAAAGAAGGCGAAGACAUGGGACUUUUAUCCCAGGAGAUUUCUAGGGCUGAACUCAAGCCUGGGGAUCAUAUCUACUCAUGGAGGACAAGCUACAUCUAUGCCCAUCAUGGCAUAUAUGUUGGUGAAGGAAACGUGAUCCAGUUCACCAAUAAAGCGGGAGCAGGCUCUGGAACUCCCAUAGAUUCCGCUAUUUCUAGCUCACCUGCUUCCGCUGCUACAGGCAAUCCGUGCCCACGAUGUGGUUAUCAUUCAGGACUUAGCGGUGUCAUUUCUUCCUGCGUUGACUGCUUCGUGGCUGAUGGUCACCUCUGCCUUUUUGAGUAUGAUGUUUCAAUUCCUUACUUUCUUGCAAAGGUUCGAGGAGGGACCUGCACCAUUGCCUCCUCUGAUUCACCAGCGGUUGUUCUUGAACGCGCUGGUGACCUUCUCAAGAAGGGUUUUGGUGUCUACGGUCUAUUCAGGAAAAACUGUGAGGACUUUGCAAUCUACUGCAAAACUGGUAAAUUUUUGAACGGUGACCGUUUUGGGAAUCGAAUUGGGCAGACAGUAGCAUUAUCAUGUGUUACGCUUUUCGCUUUUGGCCUCGUUAGCCUGCCAUUUUCGAUUCCUUGUAGCCGGCUGAUAAAUGAAUUUUCACAUGUAAAUUCAGAAAAAAUUACAGUGGAAAAACUUGUUUCCCGGCACCUGACUGGAUGAAACAGAUACGGGCAAAUGUGACCAAGGGGAUUAUUUGUCGCUGUCAAGUAUAAGCUUAUUAUCCCUCUCUACUAUUGUAACUUGAAAAAUUGAUUGUGCUUUUAUGCCUUAAUACUAUAAUAAAAAAAAUAAAAUUAACAUCUUAAA